GUCGUAGCGGUUGGUACACGUAUUCUAACCCUUAUAAACCUUAGCAAGCAAAUUGCAACUUCUGCUGUCUCUGUCCUUUGUUUCGAUGCCAAAACAGACCCUUGACAACCCCAUUUUUUCUUCUUAUUUUUUUUAUCUAUUUGUUUUUCAGUUAAUCUCAUUCUUUGAAUUUUUAUGGCAAUAAUAUUGCCUUUCAGUUUUCUCUCUUGCCCCCGAAGUCACUGAAAAUUCUUGGGAAAAUCUCAAAAUCAGGUUUUUCUCUCUUUUUUUUCUUCCCUUUUCUGUUUCUGGGGCUUAAAUUUCACUUGAGAAUUCAUUGAACCCAGAUACAGAAAUUCAAUCUUUUCCCUCUUCCCAUUAUUUUUCUGUGUACAUAGACACUUAUCUGUACCACUGAAUUGAAUUUCUAGAACGAGAGAGAGAGAGAGGGAAAAUGGCCAGUGCACACGGUCUUGCUCCAAUUUUCAAAUUGGGUUUUGUGUUUUCUUCUGUUUCACCAUCACAAAGGAAGAGGCACCCUUUAAUGUUUCCUGCAUCACACUGUGGAUUUUCCCUCAAAUUCUAUGGUGGGCUAUCUGCCAGAUCCUGCAAGUUCAAAAACCCUUCCUUUGUCAGUGCAAAACACGGUUCAUUAAGGGGUUUUAGGGCUCUGAAAUCCGUUGAAAUGGACCAAUAUGUGACCAGUAACGAUGAAAUGAGUGAUGGAUUCUUUGAGGCAAUUGAGGAGCUUGAGAGGAUGACAAGGGAGCCCUCUGAUGUUCUUGAGGAGAUGAAUGACCGUUUGUCUGCAAGGGAACUGCAGCUUGUGUUGGUGUAUUUCUCCCAGGAUGGAAGGGACUCAUGGUGUGCUUUGGAGGUGUUUGAUUGGCUGAGGAAGGAGAAUAGGGUUGACAAGGAGACCAUGGAGCUCAUGGUUGCCAUCAUGUGUGGUUGGGUGAAGAAGUUGAUUCAGCAGCAGCAUGGCGUGGGUGAUGUGGUUGACUUGCUCGUGGACAUGGAUUGCGUGGGGUUGAGACCGGGUUUUAGCAUGAUUGAGAAGGUGAUUUCCUUGUACUGGGAAAUGGGGGAGAAGGAAGGGGCUGUCUUGUUUGUGGAAGAGGUUUUGAGGCGCGGAAUCCCUUAUGUUGAGGAGGACGAAGAAGGGCAUAAAGGAGGGCCAACUGGGUAUCUUGCUUGGAAGAUGAUGGCUGAGGGUGACUAUAGGAAUGCAGUUAGAUUAGUAAUUCGUUUUAGAGAAUCUGGCUUGAAGCCAGAGAUCUACAGUUACCUUGUUGCAAUGACUGCUGUGGUUAAGGAACUGAAUGAAUUUGCCAAAGCUCUACGCAAGUUGAAAGGCUUUACAAGGGCUGGUUUGGUAGCUGAGUUAGAUCUAGAAGAUGUUGAACUUACUGAGAAGUAUCAAUCUGAUACACUAGCCGACGGGGUGCGCUUGUCCAAUUGGGUGAUUCAAGAUGGCAGCCCAUCACUUCAUGGAAUCGUUCACGAGAGGCUCCUUGCUAUGUAUAUUUGUGCCGGUCAUGGAAUUGAGGCUGAGAGGCAGUUGUGGGAGAUGAAGCUUGUGGGUAAGGAGGCUGAUGGAGAUCUCUAUGACAUUGUCCUUGCCAUUUGUGCAUCACAAAAGGAGUCCAAUGCCACGGCAAGGCUGCUGACCCGGUUGGAGGUAGUGAGCUCACCACAGAAGAAGAAAAGUUUGUCGUGGUUGUUAAGAGGCUACAUCAAAGGCGGCCAUUUUAACGAGGCGGCAGAGACUAUCAUGAAAAUGCUUGAAUUGGGAUUCUAUCCAGAGUACUUGGACAGGGCAGCUGUAUUACAAGGUUUGAGGAAAAGAAUCCAGCAAUAUGGCAAUCUAGAUACUUAUGUCAGGCUCUGUAAGUCCCUCUCUGAUGCAAAUUUGAUUGGACCUUGUCUUGUACAUUUGUAUAUAAGGAAAUAUAAGCUUUGGGUUGUGAAAAUGCUCUAAGGCCUAUGUAUGGAUUGAUAGAAAGGAACAAAAUAGUAUGAAAUGAAAGGGGAUGAUACAUGGUUCCAUUGUUUGGAUUGCUUAAAAUAGGAUGAAAUGGAAUGGAACAUUAAGGAAUAUACAUUCCAUUCCAUUAAACACCCCUUUUUCUUCCCUUCAAUUUGGUGAGUAUAGGAUGGAACCAUCUAUUCAUUUCACUCUAUUAUGUUCCAUCGCAUUCCACAAUCCAAUACCAUUAGAUAGAAAACGAACCGGUACUGUGCCACGUUUACAACCUUUGGUUUUGGAGGCAUAUGUGUAUAUCGAGCACUGAUUUUCUUGGUGCUUGCUUACGUAUAUAAUUUUGUAUAGUUUUAAUGUUAAAUGGACCAAUACUAGUAGAAGAGCAAUGUUGUAAUGAAUAUGAUGAUUAGUAUCUUCUCCCGAAUGAGUUACUCGUGCAUCAGGUGGAUGGUGUCAUGAUAUUUGAGAAGAGUGCUAGUAAUACACUCUGUAAUAUAAUUUUGUAAGUUUCAACAAA